AAAAACCAACCUUGGCUCCACCAUUCCGUUCUUGAUCUCAAACGAAACGAGGGUUGAUAUCAACUUCUGUUGUCCUAAUGCUUAGCUAAUAUUCGGACCCAAGCUUAAGAUGAUUUCAAGUUCAACAUGGCGAAAUUGCAAAGUGCCAUGGUUGUCCGUGUAUUGGCUGAUCAUUACGCGGCCCAACUCCGGUUCUGCUGUCGUCAGAAUCCAGCUUCAUACUCCUUGGCUCGAACCAUUCAUGCCCACAUGAUAACCUCUGGGCUAAGACCCCGACAUCACAUAUUCAACCUUCUCAUAUCUAUUUAUAGCAAAUCAUCAAAAAUCACUUACGCCCGCCAACUGUUUGAUAAAAUUCCUGAACCAGACAUUGUUGCCAGAACAACGUUGGUUUCUGCAUACUCUGCCACUGGGAAUCUAAAGUUGGCUCGAGAGAUAUUUAGUGGAAUUCCGUUAUGCAAACGUGACACUGUUUGUUAUAAUGCUAUGAUCACUGGCUAUUCGCGUAACAAUGAUAGUCAUGCUGCUAUUAAACUCUUUUGUGACAUGAGGCGGGAAAAUGUCAACCCUGAUAAUUUUACAUUCACAAGCGUGCUCAGUGCUUUGGCACUUGUAGUUGAUGAUGAUACACACUGCCAGCAGAUGCACUGUGCAGUUGUGAAGUCAGGGACGGAGUUGGCCACUUCGGUGUUGAAUGCGCUAAUAUCCGUUUAUGUUAACUGUGCGUCUUCACUAUCACCAUCUUUGUCGUUUUCAUUGAUGGAUUCAGCUAGAAAAUUGUUUGAUGAGAUGCCUGAGAGAGAUGAGUUUACUUGUACAACAAUGAUUACUGGGUAUGUGAAGAGUAAGGACUUUGACACAGCUAGAAAUUUGCUUGGUGAGAUGACGAAUGGAAAUUCUGGUGCUGUUUGGAAUGCAAUGAUUUCAGGUUAUGUGCAACAUGGAUAUUUCCAAGAAGCAUUGCAAGUGUUUAGAGAGAUGUAUUCAAUGGGAAUUCCACCUGAUGAGUUCACCUACACAAGUGCUCUUGGUGCUUGUGGUAACGGUGGAUUCUUUCGACUUGGAAAGCAGAUGCAUGCUCACAUUUUAAAAAUGGCAGUAAAUACUACAUCAAAGUUCUGGUUAUUUGUUAAUAAUGCAUUGGUUACAUUGUAUUAUAGAUGUGGUCAUGUAAAUGAGGGCCGCGCGAUUUUUAAUAAGAUGUCUGUAAGAGACACUGUUUCAUGGACUGCCAUUUUAUCGGGGUAUGUGGAUGCACAGCGUCUUGAGGAAGCCAAAUCCUUUUUUAGUGAAAUCCCAGAUAAAAACAUUCGAACAUGGACUGUGAUGAUAUCAGGGUUAGCUCAAAAUGGAUUUGGAGAAGAGGCUAUGAAGUUGUUUAAGCAAAUGAGAUCAGAAGGCUUGGAACCGUGUGACUUCAUAUUUUCAGGAGCAAUUACUUCUUGUGCUGUGCUUGGAGCAUUGGAGCAUGGACGCCAACUCCAUGCUCUAUUGAUUUCCUUGGGACAUGAUUCAAGUGUCUCGGCUGGAAAUGCACUUAUAACAAUGUAUGCAAGAUGUGGUAUUGUUAAAGAUGCCAAACAUGUUUUCCUCACAAUGUUACAUGUGGAUUCAGUGUCUUGGAAUUCUAUGAUUGCAGCUCUAGCACAGCAUGGACGAGGUCUCCAAGCAGUUGAACUUUUUGAACAGAUGUUAAAUGCAGGUAUCCAACCAAAUAGGGUAGCAUUCUUAACAGUCCUCUCAGCCUGUAGCCAUGCUGGUUUAGUAAAAGAAGGAUGCCAUUAUUUUAAUUCAAUGAGUUGUCCCUAUGGGGUAUCUCCAGAUGAAGAUCACUAUGCCAUCAUGAUUGAUUUAUUUUGUCGGGCCGGGAAGUUCUCAGAAGCCAAUGAUUUGAUAAAAUCAAUGCCUUUUGAUCCAGGUGCCCCCAUUUGGGAGUCUGUCCUUGGUGGUUCCUGGAUUCAUGGGAAUAUAGACUUAGGUAUAAAAGCUGCAGAACGACUCUUUGAACUUAAACCAGAGCAUGAUGUAACCUACAUAAUCUUGUCCAACAUGUACGCCAAUGUAGGUCGAUGGGAAGAAGUAGCCAAGGUGCGGAAAUUAAUGAGGAAGAGAGGAGUGAAGAAAGAACCUGGUUGUAGUUGGAUUGAGGUUGACAACAAGGUCCAUGUUUUCUUAGUUGAUGAGACUAUGCACCCUGAGGUUGAAGCAAUAUACAAGUACCUAGAUAAACUGCGACUUGAAAUGAGAAAAUUGGGAUAUGUUCCCGAGACUAAGUAUGUUUUACAUGAUAUGGAGUCUGAACUUAAGGAGCAUGCAUUGUCCACCCACAGUGAGAAGAUUGCAGUUGGAUUUGGGCUCAUGAAGCUCCCUCCAGGAGCAACUAUCAGGGUAUUUAAAAAUCUUAGGAUCUGUGGUGAUUGCCAUAAUGCAUUCAAGUUCAUAUCUAAGGUGGUGAAAAGGGAAAUAAUAGUGAGAGAUUGCAAGAGGUUUCACCAUUUUACGAAUGGUGAAUGCUCUUGUGACAAUUACUGGUAGAAUUGAGCUGUAAAUUCAACUCAGGAAGCAGGAGGGCUGGCUCAAAGUAUUCUACCAUGGUGGUAUCCUAGAUAUCUAAUAUCCUGGAACUCCAUUAAGUUAUUCAAAACGGCAUGGAAGGUUGCAAGCUAUGGAGUCGAGGCAUGAACCAAUAAGGUAUUGGCUUUGGUACCGAGGGUAUCUGUGACAAUAGUUGGCUUGACUGUUUUGCUCUUUGUUCUCAAGUCUUUCUUGUCCACGGCGUUCUUUGUGCUGGUAUGUUGCUAAUUCUGUCCUGCUAAUUGUGUGCAAAUAUGAGUACACAGAGAAAGAGUGUCUAUACUUGGUAUAAUUAGAAUUUGUUUUUCAGAGUGAAUUUGAACUGAUCUUUGGAGAACAAAAAAUGGUACUGUGAUUAGAAAUUACUUUUCAGUUAGUUAUGACCAUCUAAUCUGGUAAAAAUUUAGUUUUAAAAGUAGAGAACAUACGAAGUAUCUCAAGUAAGGUGAAUCAUUUGAAGCACUUUAAAUUAAUCAAACCUUCAAACGGUUUACAUUAUGCAAGCUUAAAUAUUUCUUUAAUUGAUAUUAGUAACAACAAGACUAUUUAACCAAUAUCAAUAACAGUCAGUUAAAACUAAUAUUGAAUGUCCGGUGAGAUAUUCCCAGUCAGGGCAGCAUUAGUAACAAUGAACUUUUGGACAAAAGGAAGUGAAGAAAGAUGGGAAGGAGAGGGAAGAGCCAGUCAAUAGACUGUAUAGUGACUUCAGUGACAAAGUUUUACGAAGAACAGUUGAUAACUACAGGAAUUUGAGUCUGAAUGGUUCCAAUCAGAGAAAGAUGACAAAAAUGGAGAGCCAUGAAGCCAUAAUAAAGUGCAAGAACUUCAUUAUUUGCGGGAGCAGUAUAACCAUUAUCAGAUAACAAAAGAAUGAUUACCAACCAAGUGGAAGAGUAGAGGUGGUGGAGAUGGCUGUGAAUGGUGAAGAGUAAUCCUAGCAUUGGCUUAAGGUAACCUCUUCAUCUGCAUUGUCAAUCACCUCAAAACCUCAACCAGUUCAGUUGGUUUUGCUUUGGGUCUCUCUCUGUUUUUCUUAAAAACUCUUUGAUUCUUUUCGUAAACUCUGCUAUAAAUAUGCCCAUAUAAUUAUAACAUAUGCUUUUGAAUCAAGCAAGAAAAUAAAAGAAAGAAUAAAUUAAAGAUUUUUGAGCCACGCCUACGGGUUGUGGUUUCUUAACCAUUUUAUUUACUUCAAGUCUUGUUAGAUUACUCAUUAACCUUGUAAAAACCAUGGUUG